AUGGCUGAAAUACUACACUUUGAGGAUAUAUAUAGCUGGCAGAGUGACAACGACAGGACUGUUUUUGUUGACAGCAGGAAUUCGUUUUUAAUUUACCAGAACGCCUCCGAUAAGACAGUGCGGAUCAUAGAUGCGAAGAACGGAAACUGCAUUUUCAGCACCAACAAGUUCGGCAAACCGGUGUGUGAGUCCAUACUCGUUUCCUCGGAUAGAAAUUUCAUUUUGUACUGGUACAACGACCCUGUUACCAUAGGGAUUUACAACAUCCUGAAUACUGAUUCAGUGGAUGUCUUGCUGGAGCCUUCCCACUACGAGGACUCGAUAGUGUUUAAGGUUUUCUGGUCGGACUCUCACAACUCAGCAAACUCGAACUUUGUGGUUAUUUCGAACAGCAGAGUUGAUAUUUACAACUUUUCUUUCGAAAGCUCAGUGUUGAGAACUAUCACCAAGAAGUCAGUAAGCUGCGUAGAUGCCUGGAACGACCUCAGCGGCAACUACUUUAUCCUUUUGCAUCAUAACAAGUCACUGUAUCCGUACAACAUUAAAAACAAUGAGAUAUCGCAGUUGGCUGAAAUCGGUCUAUCGUUGCCGUAUGGCCAUCAAUUGCAACACUAUGAGAUUUGCGUCGUCACACUAUAUGAUGACACGUACUGCAUAUAUAAAGACGUAACAAAGGGCACAUUGUCGCUGAGGUCCUUAACUAACAAUAAACUACAUGACAAGGUGUUGGAAGUAAACAGCCAAGGAUGGCUGGAAAUAUGUGUGAUUGAUAACCUAAUGCUGGUUUUAACUGGCAGUGCAACUUGUUACAUUUUUGAUAUCGCAAUAAAGAAUGACUUUCUUAUCGCUACGGUGCCUCAGAAGAAGCCUCCAAUAUCGACGAUAUCAAGUGAUAUUGAAUCAUUCAUACCUAGCAUUCUUGUCGACUUCUAUGGAGGAUUUGCCCAUUACAUAACACUGGACUUUAAUACCCUGUCUCUGUACCUGUCCAGACGUUUCACUGAGGCCAUGGCUGCUGAAUUUUUUCAACGACGCAUUAACUGUAGUGACAGGGUCAUGGAAAUAGUCAACAGUUCAAUAGAUAACAGGCUGCAAAUGUCGGAGCUGUUGUUACUAUUCUCAACAGUCCUAGAUCCCUACGCACAGACUCUGAGAACGUUAAAUAAAAUGAAGGGCACCAUGUUCAAGGGCUCUGCCAUACCUUUUAAUUUAAUCGACAAGUUCAUUGGAAACAAGUCAAUAAUUACGGAACACAAUUUCACAGCAUCAGCACUGUACGCGUUUGUGAUAAAGGAGUGGAGAAUAAGGUACGGGUUCAAUCUAUUCGACUUUUCAAUAACGCUUAUUUGCUACCAUAAAAACUACGAUCUGUCCGAACUUCUGAAAUUGAAAGACUCCAUUCUUUCGCCGCAGAGCUGCGUUGACCAUUACAUUUUGAAGAGUCAGAUUCUCUCUCAGACUGACGAAAACGCGAUUCCUGACAUUCAGGCCUACUUGCUGCCCGAAUACCUAAGUUCCCCUGUUCCUCUUAACGGUGGAUCUGACAUGAACGUGGACGGCCAGUUUGACGCCCAUGAACCUAUGAACUUCGACCUUCAGAACAGGCACGUGCCGGACAUGUACUACAGUCGCGUCACUCCUUACAUUGUGACGGUCACGCUCUGCUACCUCAAGAACCUGGUGCUGCACAGCUUGAACCCUUCCAACCUCGUGCUGAUGUUUUUCUUUGACAUCUGCGUUCUGUACAACCAGUUGACGCUGCUCGUUGACAUGAUCCGGACUCGCGUCAUCAGGGACUCCAACCUCAUUUGCCACCGGCUCUUUCUUCUCAUCCAGCCUCUGGGUGACCCCAACCUCAAACAGCUCACUUUCGACAUGUCCAAGCGCCUCAAGCUUUACAACAUAACCAUCCACAUACUCCUGAUGGACAAGAAGUACUACAAGGCGUUAUUGUUGAUUAAGAGGGAGCGGCUCGACUAUCCCAUUUCGAAAAUCCUCCACUCUGCUGCCGACGACGUCAAUGAGCAGAAGCGGCGGCCCUACCUCUGGCAGCUAAUCCUUUCGUUCAUUCACGUCUGGACUCAGGAGUACCACCGGGAGCCCUCCAGGUUCUGCCAGCCAAAUUUGAAGAACUGCGAAAUGUGGCUUCCCAACCUCUAA